GAAGUUUGUGUUAAAUAUUUAAGUUAGGUAAUACUGUGUCUUUUAAAUAUUCCCUAAAAAUGGCGUUCCGAGUUCCCAAAGCACCAGGUUUUGCCCAAAUGUUAAAAGACGGCGCAAAGAACUUUCAAGGCCUUGAAGAAGCUGUGUAUCGUAACAUCAAAGCUUGCAAAGAGCUUUCAAAAACCACUCAGUCAGCAUUUGGACCCCAUGGAAUGAAUAAGAUGGUUAUCAACCACAUUGAAAAACUCUUUGUAACAAAUGAUGCUGCUACUAUACUGAAAGAAUUGGAGGUUCAACACCCAGCAGCCAAGAUGGUGGUCAUUGCCUCACAAAUGUGUGAACAAGAAGUAGGAGAUGGAACAAACUUUGUCCUCAUUUUCGCAGGAGCAAUGUUAGCACUUGCAGAAGAACUUCUUAGGAUGGGACUUUCUGUGCCAGAGGUUACUGAAGGUUUUGAGGCAGCUUGUGAUAAAGCUGUGGAGAUUUUACCAGACCUGGUUUGCAACACUGUGCCAGACCUUCGAGAUCUUAAUGUUGUAACUAAAGCAUUGAAAACAUCACUGGCAAGCAAACAGUAUGGAAACGAAGAUUUUCUUUCAAAGUUAAUUGCUGAAGCUUGUGUUGGAAUACUGCCACCAAAUCGCAUCCAGUUCAACGUAGAUAACAUUCGUGUGAUCAAACUACUCGGAUCUGGAGUUCAUUCGUCACAACUUGUCAACGGAAUGAUGUUUUUAAGAGAAUGUGAAAGCGACUUAAAGAAUAUUAAAGGCGCAAAAGUAGCGGUAUACACUUGUCCUUUUGAUAUGCUUAAUACUGAAACUAAAGGCACAGUAUUGCUGAAGAAUGCACAGGAAUUGCUCAACUUUAGCACGGGAGAAGAAAACAUUCUGGAUGCUCAAGUUAAAGCCAUCGUGGAUACUGGUAUUAAUGUGAUCGUGUCUGGUGGAAAAGUCUCUGAUCUAGCUCUACAUUUCGCCAACAAACACAAGAUUAUGGUGGUUAGACUUAACUCAAAGUGGGACCUCAGGAGACUUUGUAAAACUAUCAAUGCUACUGCUUUGCCGAGACUGACGCCACCUACACCAGAAGAGGCAGGUCACUGCAGUAUCGUACGUCAAGACGAGAUUGGUGACCGUAGUGUGGUCAUUUUCGAGCAUUCAUCAAAAGAAGACACUAAAAUAUGCUCUCUGGCGCUCCGUGCGGCCACUGAGAAUAUUCUAGAUGACCUGGAAAGGGCAGUAGAUGACGGAGUCAAUAAUUUCAAAGUCAUUACAAGGGACCAGAGACAGGUUCCUGGAGCAGGAGCUUGCGAGAUAGAACUCGCGAAAAGAAUUGCAAAGUUUGGGGAAUCCUGUCCGGGGUUGGAGCAAUAUGCGAUUAAAAAGUUUGCGCAAGCAUUAGAGGUGGUACCUCGCGCUCUCGCUGAAAAUGCUGGCUUGAAUCCUACUCAAGUAGUCUCUAAGUUGUAUGCAAGUCAUCAGGAGGAUAAUGGAUCAAACAAAGGAGUUGACAUCGAAACAGGCGACGUUAUCGACGCAGCAGAAGAGGGAAUUCUCGACCAGUACCUGACCAAGCAUUGGGCUAUAAGGCUGGCCACUAAUGCAGUGGUGACCGUUCUCAGUGUUGACCAGAUAAUUAUGGCAAAAGCAGCUGGCGGGCCCAAGCCACCAAAACAGGGCGGAGAUUGGGAUAAAGAUGACGACGAAUAGAUUGUGACGUCAUAGGGUGAUGACGUCAUUAAAAUUUGGCGUUGUUACUUUAUACUCGUGGUAUUUUGCCGUUGAUUGAUUUGAUGACGUUUUUCGUGACGUCGUUGCUUCAUGACGUCAUUGUCGUGACGUCAUUAGACUUUGUUCCCCAUAUACUUGUAGCAUGGCGUUGAGCAUGUUUGAUUUUGUGUUUUGUACGCGUCCAUUUAAUAUUUGCGCGUUUCUAUUAGACAGAAAAUUCAAGUUUUGAUAAAAAUUUCGUCGCAAAAGUGAAUUAAAUGCGAUUUCAAUG